AAGGCUUUUUUUUUUUGACAAAGAACGAUAAUUGAUAAUUCAAUUAGGGAAGAUACUUUCGCAAACCGGAGAAGACAAUCGGAGAUCGGAAACUAUGGCCGGACGAGACCGUUAUCUUCCAUCGUCGGCAGUUUCAACUUCAUCAUCUUCAAGAUUAGUAGAAUCUCAAUUAAUCGAAUCCGAUCGAAAUCGAGCUCGAUCUGUAAUCCUCGAGGAUCGAAUCGCAAUUCAACACCGUGAAAUCCAAUCUCUUCUCAACGAUAACCAACGAUUAGCUGUGGCACACAUUGGACUCAAAGACCAGCUCAAUUUAGCCAAGCGUGAGCUCGAACGGUUACUUGAAACCGCUGCUAAAGUUAAAGCGGAAGGAGAAGCUAAGGUGCGAGAGGUUUAUCAGAAUGCGUUGAGGAUGGAGGCGGAGGCUCGUGUGAUUGAUGGACUUGGAGCUGAGCUUGGUCAGGUUAGGUCUGAUGUACAGAGGUUAGCUAAUGAUAGACAGGAGUUAGCUACGGAGUUGGCUAUGCUUGAUGGUGAGAUGGUUAAAGCGAAACCGAAUUCGGAUCGAGCCAUUGAGGUUAAGGCGGAGAUUGAGAUUCUUAGAGGAGAAGUUCGUAAAGGAAGGGCUGCUCUUGAGCUUGAGAAGAAGACACGAGCUAGUAACCUUCACCAUGAACGCGGUAUGGAGAAGACUAUCGAUCACUUGAAUCGUGAGAUUGUGAAACUUCAGGCAGAAUUGGUUAAUUUGGAGACGAAAGCUAGAGAAGCAAAUGCAGCUGCUGAGGUAGCUCCAAACCCAAGCCCUGGAUUGGCUGCAAGUUAUGGAAACACGGAAAAUAUUUAUGGAGGUCAAGCCCGGCAAUACCCGGAGGCUAACGGUUCUCACGAGGCAUAUGAAGCAUCAGAUAGUCUCCCUCAAGACCCGUCUACUCCAUUGCGGCAUCCUCUGAAUAAUACUCAACAUUCUAGUGUGUUGUGAUAGUGUCUUGCUUACGUUUGAAUAGGCAAAUUUCGAUUUGGCCAUAAGAUAGAGGUUUCCAGAAUAUGCUAUGCUGAGCAGAUAGUGGAGUCUCUUGUAGACAUUCAGAUGAGAAAAAAGACUGCGCCAUAAACCACUCAUUAGCAUCAUAAACAGCUUUGUUCACAAUAUAAUCUGCUUGACAAUGUAUUCCAUCAAAUAGAUACUGAUUUUUAUUUUUCCACAAUUGCCACAUAAUCCAUGGAUGAACUCUUUUGAUGUU